AUGUCACUCAAGCGACUUUCUAGUGAGGACCACUAUGACGCCAGGAGCAAGAAGACAAGCUUUACUGUCUCCGACGAUAUCAUUACUGUCACUGUUGGCAAGGAGCAGUUGCGACACCUAAUCCACGAAAGCGUCCUCUGGAAAUGUCCAUUCUUCGACAAGUGCCUCCACUCUGGUAUGCGAGAACAGGAAGAAAAGGCCAUCAUCUUGCCCGAAGAUGAUCCCGAGGACUUUGCCAUCAUUGUCAAGUGGCUGUACGCCGAGAAGAUCCCCGACGAUAUCAACUGGCACCGAAUCAUACCCGCAUACAACGCGGCCAGCAAAUUCUGCAUGCCGGAACUGCAGAACGCGCUCGUCGACGCGCUUCGAUCCCAGAUGGAGGACUGGUGCCUCACUCCCGAAUGGGUCUCUCACAUUUGGGCGCGCACGGAGGAGGGAAGCCAGCUGCGCGAACUGGUCUUGGACGCCUUCUGCUAUGACAUAUCGAAGAAGCCGUCGCGCUACAACGAGCACAACAUGGAACACAAAGCAGACGCUGAUGGGCCGAAGUACGCUGCGCAGAUGGGGAAGUGCAUGGAAAACGAGGAGUUGGCGCUGGCGCUGCUGUGGCGCUUUGCAGACCCGGCAUUUCGUCCGAAAGCAAAACCUUGCAAGAUGAAGGGCUGUGUCUACCACGUCCACGAGGACGAGAAGAAAUGCAGCCGACCCUGA